UGUUCCAAUUAAACAAAAACCUGUACGGCCCGGUUGAAAAAUUGAAAAGGAACAAAGGGACGUCGCAUUUUUAUCCAGCCGGCCGUGCUGCAAGCUUUAAUUGUCAUGUUGCGUGUGUCUGUUCUAGACGACUAAUUGGUGCCUGUGAGAGAGAUGACUACAACUGUGGAGCCGCUGGACGUCAAGAAGUGGCAUACAAGUGCCUUCUAUCGUGAGGCUGUUGACAGUGUCGUCUUAUACAACUCUCAGUUGGUCCGAGAUGCCAAGACAAGGCUGCCCUAUGUAGACGCUCAGACUGGGAUAGCUCAGAGCCGCUCUCAUCUAUUACACAGUCGGCUGAAUCGUAAACGAGGGUUGCUUCCCGGGCAAGUGUUCUCUUACCCUCAGCGGAGGUGGCGUAGGGAGACACGACCUGUGCCUCCUGUGAAGAGAGAGCUCCCCCAGGGUGCGGAGGUGCUGACCAAUGGUGGAGGAGCGUUGGCAGGAGGUGGUCUCAUUCAGACGCUGGAAGGGGGUGUGGUCACUAAGAGGAGCUCUAGGAUUGCCGGCAUGAGUCGACCAGCUGGAAUCAGCGAAGGAGGGCUGGUGGUUCCUGUGGUGGGUGGCCUGCGUAGUGGUGGGAGCAGUGUGGUGGGGGGAAUAGUGAGGGAGGUCUCCAUAGGGAGUGAGGUGAUAGAGGAAGAGGAAUCACCUGACUUGGAUGCUGAUUACCUGGACGACUAUGACUCUGAUUUAGAGGAGAGGAGAUCGAGUCGUCGUAAGAGGCGCCCCCCUGCUCGUACCCGAACCCUCCCGGCAGUAGUGACCCCCAGAGCCACUCGAGGGGUUGACAGUGGAGACAAGCCUUUCCUCUGUUCAAUUUGUAAUCGCCGCUACAAGACGUCUGCCUCCCUCAAGGCCCACUGCACACAGUACCAUGCUGGAGAGACUGCCCCUCCCCCUGUACUGGCUCCUCCCCCCAUCCCUAUGACACGUCUGCCCACCCCCCCUGAGCCAACUGGCCCCUCUGUACCUCCAGAAUCCCGUCUGGCGGUACCCCUUCCCCCACCCCCCAAUCUACGAGGGAAAGAGAAUGCUAAACCAAAUCCUUACUGUGAUUUUUGUCUGGGAGACAGUGGCAAGAACAACAAGACACUCACCAAUGAAAGCAUGGUCUCUUGUGCUAACUGUGGCAGAUCAGCCCACCCUUCGUGUAUGCAGUUCUCUCCUGCUCUGGCUGUCAUAGUCCAUACCUACCGCUGGCAGUGCAUAGAGUGCAAGUCAUGUCAUUUCUGUGGCACCUCUGAGAAUGAUGAUCAGCUCUUGUUCUGUGAUGACUGUGAUCGAGGCUUCCACAUGUAUUGCAUGAAACCUCCCAUCAAAGAGCCACCUGAAGGUAACUGGAGCUGUGGAAUGUGCUACAAGCAAAAUAUACUAUGAACUUUCUGAACUUUCUACACUGACUAAUCUGAGUUUGGCCGAUCAAUUUUAUAGUCUAGUCAAUGGUGAUUUAUGUCAUUAUAUUGCUUUGUUGAAAGUUUGUUGAAACAUGG